AUAUAAGUGCAGAUACUUGGGAUGCAUAUAGUAGAACUUCUAUCAACACUCUCUGGAAAUGGAUGUCUUCUUCAAAGUGAUACUUUUAUGCCUGUGCGGUCAACAUGCUUUUGGAUACAAUCAGGAGACACUGGGAAUUGUUAAGAGAAACUCAAACUUCACGGCGAUGUCUUUCUCCAAUUGGGUCUUCUUGAGUGGAAACUUUGACUCUUCAACAAAUGAGGACAAAGUGGGAAAUCUUACAACCACUGUUCCUAUUUUUAUUUCCUCGACAAAGCAAACCCUAAGGAAUUUCACUGGAAAUGAAGAACCCUUACCAAAGCAGGACAAUAUUGGAAAUCUUACUACCUCCCUUCCUAAUUUAGUUCCACCAUCAAACCAAACUCAAACAAAUGCUCCAUUAUUUGUAUUUCACUCGACUAAGAAUUAGAUUUUUCUGUUUAUUUUAUAAGUGACUUUACCUGGUACCGUAACACACAAGGUAUAGUUUUCUUCUACCCACCCAUGUCUGUUUAUUUUUCGCCUUAAAAAAUCAUGACUGCACCUGUGCAUCGACAACACUCUUACCUAGAAUAUAGAAAAGUUUUCUAUAAAAGCGUUUAGCUUCCUUAAGUCGUCAGUAAUUGCAUUUGGAACGCCUUGGCAAGCACUGAAAAUGGAAUUCCUGAUGAAAGCGCUUUUGUUUUUCCUUUUCCUAACCUACCACUGCACCAGCGGAUAUGUUGCACAUCCCCACGAGAUAGUCAGAAGGGAUGUGAACUUAACCCAGGUGGAUCAAGGAUUGGGAGGAGCUUUGUCCAUAGUUUUCGGUCCCAUUGCGAAUUUGGCUGCCAAGGCCAAUAUCGAAUUGCCUGUGAUAUCAAACUUUCGCAGCAAGGAAGGGACGAGUAUAUUUUAAGAAAUGUUUAUAAAGGCAUUUAAAUAAAUUGUAACAUUACUUUACUUCCAUAACAA